AGUGCAACAUAUGUUGUGAAACGUGGGUGAGAGUGUUUAUAAAUAUUCUCUGUUCUAUUUAAUUUAUACUGCACAAACUAAAGAAAAUUAGGCAAAGAUUAUUUUUAGAAUUACUUGUAAACCUUUCUCUUAUUAACUGCCAUGAUCUGAAUUUAUUAACAGGAAUAAUCCUCUUUGAUCAAAAAGAAUGGCAACAGCGGCUUUUUCCGGCAAAGAUCAUUUAUUGGACAAUUUAAGGUUUCGCGUAAAAGAUCUAUAUAUUGAAGAAGGUGUGGAAAAUGGCCACAAUUUUUUGACCGACAUAACGUAUGUUUAUAUUAUUUUAUCGUUUUAUGAAAAUGUCGAAUCAAUUUUUUCAUAUCCGGUCUCUGAUAAGAGAUCUAAAUUGGAUGGCAGGGGCAAUUGAUUAAUAAUCGUUUUGCAGACUAAUGAGAUACUUGAAGGCUAGAGACUGGAAUCUAGACUUGGCUGAAAAAUUGCUGAGAGGUACUGUUGAAUGGAGAAAGACGUAUAAACCCAGUUUAAUUGAUUGUAGGUGGUGUCAUGAAAAACCUGGUUUUCACUCUCUAAGACAAAUAGGCUUCGAUGAAUUAGGGAGGCCUGUACUAUAUUGCUGCUUUGCACAGGCCACUGUUCAUAAAUAUAGUAUAGAAGAUGCAGUAGCUCAUUGCGCCUAUACCUUUGAAUCGGCAAUAGGUAGUAUGGCACCAAAUGUUCACUCUUGGGUCCUUGUUUUGGACUGUUCUGGUAUGACGCUCCCAGCUUGUUCACCAAAAUUGGGAUAUGGGGUUACACAAAUUCUUGCGAAUCACUAUCCAGAACAAUUAGGCCAAGUACUAUGCGUCAACCACAACGCCUUGUUUGAAGGUGUAUGGAAAGCUAUUAAAGCCUUCCUACACCCAAAUACUGCCAGUAAAAUGCGUCUUGUAAGAGGUAAAAGGAAAGUUAAGGAUGCUUUUGAGAAGUUCUUCCCACCUGAACUCUCUGAAUGGCUAAAUGAAGAGGUUCUACUGAAUAGAAAAAAACCUCUCAUUCCAUCACAGCAAUUUUUCUGGAGAAAGCCAGAAGUUCAUCCUCAUGAUCCAAGAGGUUGUCCCUCCUACGUAGCCGAAUAUCUCGACUGCAGAAAAGAAAAUCAUCGUAUCCAUCCCAACAUUGUUGACGAGUUGAAAGGGAGAAUUUGUCAAGCAAUAACAAUAGAAAGGGAAGAAGCUCCUUACGAUGCCGAUUCAAGCGAUGACGGAGAAAGCGAGAUAGUGGGAAAGAUUCCUAUAAAAGAUGAAUUUCAAAUACCUUCAGGUGCUAGCCAAAUAACAAUGUGA